AUGAUUAUCCCAGUUCGUUGCUUUACUUGUGGAAAGGUGAUUGGGAACAAAUGGGACACAUACCUUGACCUUCUCCAGGCUGAUUACUCUGAAGGGGACGCUCUUGAUGCGGUUGGAUUAGUCCGUUACUGUUGCAGGCGUAUGCUCAUGACUCAUGUCGAUCUAAUCGAAAAGCUUCUAAACUACAACACUAUGGAGAAAUCCGACAACAAUUAG